AUGCUGCUUUAUAUGAUAUAUGAUAUGGCGAGUCACGACGGCAAGCUGAGAAUCCUCAUCACGGGGGCUGCGGGGUUCCUCGGGUCCAACCUUGCAGAUUACCUUCUUGCAAAGGGCCAUGUAGUCAUUGGAAUGGAUGGCUUUCAAACAGGUUCUCCCCGAAACCUCGAGCACCUCAGGAGCCAUCCCGACUUUAAAUUGGUCAAUCAAGAUAUCCAAAUGCCCUUGGCGGAUGUGGGCCAGAUCGAUCAGAUUUACAACCUCGCAUGCCCAGCCAGUCCGAUCCAGUAUCAAAAAGACCCGAUCUCAACGCUAAGGACAUGCUUCCAGGGUACACAAAACGUGCUCGACUUAGCUAUAUCGAAAAAUGCCCGUGUCUUGCAUACUAGCACAUCAGAAGUAUAUGGUGAUCCCCUAGUUCACCCCCAACCUGAAACGUACUGGGGAAAUGUCAACCCCUUCGGGAAGCGAUCUUGCUACGAUGAAGGGAAGAGGGUAGCAGAAGCAUUGUGCUAUGCUUACCGUGAACAACAACGCGCUGAUAUCCGUAUCGCCCGUAUUUUUAACACAUAUGGCCCUCGCAUGAAUGGCAGCGAUGGUCGGGUCGUGUCAAACUUUAUCGUUGCUGCAUUGUCCGGUGACGACCUGAAGAUCACCGGUGAUGGAUCUGCAACGCGGUCUUUCCAAUAUGUCACGGACUGUAUGGAAGGACUCUAUCGCCUAAUGAACAGUGACUACCGUGAGGGCCCUGUCAAUAUAGGAAAUGAUGGGGAGUUUACUAUCCAGCAGCUAGCAGAACGGAUAGUUGGUCUCGUGGCCGAAAUGACCAAUCAGCCUAAGGUCAAUAUUACUUACCAUCCACGCCCUGCGGAUGAUCCUGCUAUUCGUCGGCCGCAGAUCUCACUGGCCAAAGCUGUGUUGGACUGGUGCCCAACAGUCCCCUUGCGAGAAGGGUUGCGAAGAACGAUUGAGUGGCAUGUAAGCGAGCGAGUCGUAUCCUAGCCUACCUAUUUCACUGGGACAUAGAUAUCGGAUACACUCAAUAUGAAGUGGGUGUACCUAUUUACCCCGGGUUUCCUACAUACUACCUCAAAGGGUCUAUCUUCGAUACAACAACUUUGACCGGUAAAUACUAGUAGCGGUGGAUAUUUGUAUCCUGCUAGUAUUACUGGCGUCGAACCUGAGCUUAAUGUGAGCUCAAGAAUAUGAUCAAGAAGGCCAUACGUUACGAGUGUAUCUCCUAGAUGAUACGCAGCCCAUCGAAAGUAGAUUAGUAUUUAGUAUAGAGACAUGUACUGCUCCGGGAGUACUGUUUAAGAACAUCAUUAAAUUAGCCCCACAGACAGACAAUUGGUAGUCAGGCGACGAUGAGCCGGUCACGGGCCACUGUCCUCCACUUAUCUGUGCCGAACAGGACUACUAGUAGUGCACCAUGGUGUCAGG